AUGCCCACACAAGUGCCGAACGUCGAUCAUCAUAUACCAGCCAUCGAUGCUGUGCAAUCAUCGUUCGAACGACCCGUAUCCGUGCCAAGUUCAGCUCCAAGUCGUUUUAUUCCGUCUAAACAAAAUUCGCUCGUUGAUGAAACAAAACUGCAAUCAGUCAUGUGCCCAUCCAAUAUAGAUAAGCACUUUCAGUGGACUGAUCUGUCGAGCGAAAGCCCUGCAAAUCUUGAACUACAUGAUUGUGAAAAAGUUAAUCAAGGAAUGGAAUCGUCUCACUCAAAAUCAAAUGAACAACCGGAGUCGACUCCGAAAGUCUCGGAGAACUCAUCGCAAGAUCUGGCUUCGGUGUCGAAUGUGUCCACUCUUGCUACGAUUCGUCAUAGAGCCGAUGAUGCGAUGACACAGGAAGAUCGCAUGGUAUCAGACGAACAGUUGGCUUGCAGUAGUGUGAGUAAUGCAGAUGACGAGCAUAUGCCAUCAGUUAGAGUUGCUUCGAAUACUCAAGACGGAACAAACAAAUAUGAAGAAAACGAUGAAUCUGAAUCGCAUAACAUCGCUCCUGAAGAGUUGCAUUCGAUCAACGAGCACAAUGCAGAAAUAACGAUUCCAGUAAACGAUUCAUUGAAAACACCAGAAUAUUUAUCACAAUCGCAACAUUCUUACGAACGUUUAUGGAGUAGUGAUAGCGCAAGUAGGCUGAUUUCUAGCAGAGAGCAUUCUGUUGCUAAUGCAGAUCAGCGGAAAGCAUUCGGAAGUAGUCAUGAUUUAGUUCAGGAAAGACCUGAUGGAUCGGUAAGAGAGCCACAUCCUGAUGAAGGCGAUGAACAACGGGUACGACAAAAGCUCCGAGAUAAGCGGUGGUCUGCAGAGAAAGCCAGUUUCGAGAAAUGGAAGCGCAAAAACGAUGAGGAUAUGAUGAAGCGGAGGGAGGAAACUGGCAAAUCUGGCGAGUCUGAAGGCCGAGAUCGGGAACUGAUGAAGGGAAUUGAAAAGCCGGAUGAUCCGGAUCUGGAGGGAGGGCGAAGAAAGGUGGAGUCUAGAAAGUAUAAAGAGAAUAAACAUAAAGAAUUGGCUGGCUAUUCAUUUAAAAGCCUGGAUCCAGUGUUAAAAAUUAACUCGAAUGAAGCGGAUAGUCGGGACUUUGAAACAGAUAAGAGAAAAGGAAAGAGCAAAGGUUUUGAAGAAGAUGAAAGCGAUAAGUCACCAGAGGAUUCAGAGAUGAUUAGAGUUGAGGAACAGUCGAGUAGUGUUGAGAAUGUUUGGGAUAAGAGGGAAGCAGGACACGAACGUUCGGAAGAUCAAAUUAGAAGGAAGGAAAGGAAAAGAAUUGAAUCAGAAGGAAAGUUGAAAGAAGGAAAAGUUGUUGAGAGGAGGAAAGAACAUGAUAAAUAUUCAGUUUCAAAAAUGGAGCAGGAACGGAAAAGAAUGAAAGUGGAAAAAGGUUAUCGUUAUCGUGAGAAAGAUGACCGCGAUGGAAGUUCCGUAGGAAGUCCCACAAGAAUGGAAAGUAAUAGUGAAGAAAAUGAGGUUUCAAAGGAACCGGAGGAAGAGGUUAGAGGACAAAGGCCAAAGAAAAGGAGAAAAGGAAAAAGGACGAGUUGGAANAAGGAAGAAAAACGCCGAAAAGAAGUCGAAGAAGAAGCACGCAAACGUGAAUUUGAAAGACAAAAAGAAGAAAAACGCCGAAAAGAAGUCGAAGAAGAAGCCCGCAGACGUGAACAAGAAGAGAUGGAUAGGCUUCAAAGGGCAGAAGAAGCUCGGAAAGUAGCUGAAGAGAAAGAGGCGAAGCGUAAAAAAGAUGAAGAAGAAGAGGCAAUCAGAAGGCAUCGAGAACAGAUAGCUAAACUUGAUGAGGAACGUCGUAGACUUGAGGAGGAAUUUCGGAAAAGGGUUGAGAAGAGAACUAAACUGGCAGUUGAGGAUUCUGAGCGGAAGAAACAAAAACCUGAAUCUUUAGGUAUCGAUGAAGAUAAAAGAAAAGAGAAAAUAUUGGAAGCAAAUAGCGAUGACGGCAAGAUUGUAGUGGAACGAAGUAUUGAGGAUCUUUUCGGUGAUUCAGAAUCGUUAGCCCAAGAGCAACCAGAAGACAUACAUGACAUUCGCGAUCAGCCGAAUAGUCGUGAGUUUGUGCAAGAGGUGAUCUCCAAUAAAGAUGAAGAAGACAUAGCGGAUGAUAGCGCAGAUCCAGUGCUUUCCACAAAUGGGGCGACUUAUUUGGAUAAGUCCGCAUACGAUAAAGCAGAUCGGAAAGAUGGGAGAUCGCAAGUAAAACUAGAAGAGAGAGAUACUAAUGAGACAAAUAAACAAAAGGAUUCAACAGUCACUGAGAAAAAAAAGAAAAGGUUGGGCAAUUUCCCGCAAAGUGAUAGUCGAUUGCUUGUGGAUGGGAAAGAACGGAAAGUGGGCGAGGAAAGCCAGCUUAAAUCGUCAUCUAAAGCUAAGUCGUCAUCUCAGAAGGAUAGAGAGGAUAGGGCCAAGGAAUCGACGGCAGCGGAUCCUGAAAAGAGAAAGAAAGAUCGUGGUGAAAGGCUGAGGAAAGAACAAGAAGAGAUACAGAGGCAGCUGAAGGAACAGGCGGAGAAAGAGCGCAAACGGGCAGUUGAACGAGAAAAACGACGUCGAGAAGAACGGGAGGGAGUUGAACGCGAGGAACGAGAAAAACGCCGUCGCGAUAAGGAAGAUGAACGAGAGAAGUACCGAAAAGAGAACGAAUCGAGGCUUGAAACCGCAUCUCAGUCAUCGUCAGCGGAAAGAAGUCCACGCGACAAGAAGGGUCGAGAUCGUGAGCGAGGUAUUAAAGAACAGGAGCAAGACAGGAAACGGUUAAAGCCGUCAAGUUCAAGUAAAGAGAGACAACACCUUUCGUCGUGCAGUCAACCAGAUUUGUCCUAUUUGUUCGAUGAGGAAAGCAAUUCGUCGGAUACAUCUUCUUCGAAACGAAUAAAGCAGAAAGCGAAGAUCGUUUCCGAAGUAUCUAAAGAUAAUUUAAGGCGACACAGUGGUACCCCAACUUCAGAUAGUAUGAAAUCAGUGAAAGAAUCUUCUGAAAAGGUGUUGAAACGCUGCGCUGAGAAACGAUCUUCAUCGGUUGCAAAGGCAAAGGCGAUCUCAAAAUCGAAUGCUCUUCUGGACGAUUUAUUCAAAACCUUCAUGGCACCACCUUCAAAAUCAGGAGCAUCUUCGCACAAGGACCCAUCGCCACCGGUUGAACUAAAACCAAAGAAAACUGUCGCUUCGGGCGUUAACAAAAAUCGUAAGAACCUGCUGAUUGGUGGUGGACAUUCGGCCAGAGUCGGUAUGGUACUGGAGAAGGCAACACGCAUACGUGCCAGAUUUGAGCAUGAAGAGCGACUUCGUAAUGAGGGCAAAGGGUCGCUGAAUCGAGCUUCAUCGGCACAUGACAGUGCACAACAGCCAUCUUCUUCAUCGUCCACUUCGAACGAUCAUUAUGAAAAUCGCAAAACCGUUGAGGGCUAUUUGAAAAGUUUUGGUGGCAAACUUGGUGCUUCAUCAUCGAACACUCAACGGCUGGACAAGGAUUCGUCGGCUUCAACGAAUUCACGCAAACGUAUUUUGGAUUUGCCGAUUCCGAAGACGAUAGCGUUGGAUUUGGUGGGCGAAAUUCUCGCACCGAAGCAAACUCAAGUGGAGCGCUAUGUGCCGACAAAACCGACUGCGCAACAGAACCAGUCAACGUUCUCGUCAACAUCAUCCGGAAACAGUCCGUCGAUCGGUGGUCCUCCAAUGGCUUCAUCGUCACCGAUCGCAUCGAUGAAUUCUGCCUCUGGCGAUGUCGGCGACGAUACUUCCACUCGAAUCAACUCAGCGUCGUACACUCCUCAGAGUCAGAGUCGUGACUUGCAACAGUCCUCAGUGGCGUUUGCUUCGACCGGCUCGGCUUCUUCAUCGUCUACACCAGCCACUCCAUCGAGCUUGUUGCAGUCACCUCAAGACGGGCAAUCCUCCUCGAGUGCGUCUACGAUUCACAACUCUCACUCUGGUACUACUGCUCCAUCAUGUGCAUCCAAGAAUGCGAACGUGAUUACCUCCUCGUCUGCUACAUCAGCUAGCUCGUCACCAUCGUCAAGCGACUUAUCCGCUUCAGCCACUCCGACCUCAACAGCAACAACUGCCAAAAAGCCGCGUUUGGAUGGAAAUGCGAUAAGUAACGUGCUGAAUGCUUUGCAUAAUCUACGUCGUUGA